UACUCUCGGUAUCACUGCGACAGCUUGGUCUUCGCUCGAUCCACGCUCUUCGUGACAGACAUCGAGCAACGAUCGCACGAAGCGACAGUUGGCACCUGAGAACAGUGGCAGAGACAGAGUGUUGCGAAUCUAAAGAGUGGUUAGGAGAAGUGUUCCUCGGCUUCUCGAUCCACGUCGAUCAGACUGAACCGCCUUGGACGCGCGAACCGUGAACCAGACCGCGACCUUGGCCAACCACGUGGAGGAUCACGAGAGGUCCAGUGAAUGGGAAAAACUGUACGUGCUCUGGGACUGUCUGUGGGGUUGAUACCGAUUGUGCUGCGCGUUUGUGCGCGGAUAUUCGGGGAUCUAGUGCCGGUACCGGGACCAAGGCUCGCGCUGUCCGCCUCCAUGAACAAUCGCAAGACUUAGGGGACUAAUCGAUCCACGAACUGGACGCAAUGUGUGAAGCGGUGCCGCGAACUUGGUACAUGAAACCGGACUACAGCGCCAUUGGAGUUCCGGCGGGCGCACUCUCACCCCCGGCCACACUUUCACCGCCCAGCUCGCCUUGGAGCCCCGGGGCAGCAGGAAGUAGCAUCAGCACCGCCACUUCCUCCAACCCUUCCACGGUCUCCACCCCGACCCUUGGCCAGCCGAUUCAGGACCGUUUCAGCGCUUUCACCCUCGUCUCGACCUGCAAUCCCGAGGCGAGGUUUCAGAAUAUACCGUUCACCAAUACCAACGCUGCUCGAGAAAUGCGCUGUGGCCUGAUGUACGGAGGCUACAGGACUACCGGGGCUGCGUGGUGGGCUCAACACGUGAGUCUGUUGCUACCCCAUUCCCUGCUACCACCCUCGAGGAUCCCUAGCCAGCAAACCACACCGGUUGCAAAUUGCUCGCCCAUUCAACCGGAACCCCUGAACACGUCCAGAGCCAACUCGCCACGGAGAUGCACACCGGAGAAGCCGAAGUUCGAGGAAGAAGCACCACUGAACUUAAGUACCAAACCUAACGACAUCUCGUAGAGCGAAAUCUGGUCCCCAGGGACGGUGUGCGAGAGAGAAGCAAAGGAAACCAGGAUACCAUCGACCAGGAGUCCUUCCUCGACACCUGUGAUCACUCGGCAAAUCCAUCAUUCACCACUGACACCACCCUCCUCGUCAGAAAGGACAUUCCAGUGCAAACAGUGCGGAAAAGCCUUCAAACGUUCCAGCACUCUCAGCACUCACCUUUUAAUACACUCUGACACCAGACCGUAUCCCUGUCAAUAUUGCGGCAAGAGGUUUCAUCAGAAGUCAGACAUGAAGAAGCACACCUAUAUCCAUACCGGCGAGAAACCGCACAAGUGCGUGGUGUGCGGCAAGGCGUUCUCUCAGAGCAGCAACCUGAUCACGCACAUGCGCAAACACACCGGUUACAAGCCGUUCCAAUGCGGCCUGUGCGACAAGGCGUUCCAGAGGAAGGUAGAUCUGCGCCGGCACCGGGAAGGCCAGCAUCCAGCCGCACCGGCGCUCGACUAUCGCUCCCUCCAGCUACCCUCGCAGCCCUCCAAUGUCAGACACUCACCGCCCCUGCAGCCUGCCACCGCUUAUCACAUGAUACCUGUCCCUGGCAACAGUUGAGAUCCUUCCAGGACCACCUCGUCCGUCGCUUGCCUGGAACCUCCUGUCGGACCACCCUGUCGAGUCCUUCUCCUCGCUCUUCGCGCUCGUAAAUCGUCGGAAAAGGGUACUGUUGAGAGGAAAGGGUCACUGAAAGACGAUCGCGAAGAGGUCGAAGUUCGUUUGUGAGAUGGAGGAAAUGGGGUGAGUCUGUACACGGUCCAAAAUGGAGGAUGAUGAAAGGUGUAUAGGUGCGAUCAGGGUGUUGGAAAGGUGUAUUAAGAGUUGUAUUAAGAGGUGUAUUAAGUCGUGGAUGUAGUGUAAUAUACAGGGUGGAUCAUUUAACGUCAAUUGUGUCUAAUUAUUUAGUUUUUGAAGAACUAAUAAGACAUUUUCUUCGAGGAACCUUCGAGAUAGCGAAACCUAAGUUUGGAUAAAUUAAGUAUGCAACAAAAGGCGGAGAAUUUGAAUUUACUGGAAACGAGAACAUGAGCGAUGUGGUCGCGUCAAA